UACGGGCAAUUUAGUUCUUUGCUGGAAAGAUGGCGUCCACAGCAGGCAGCACGGCCGUUGAUACUCAAGUUUCUGGACCACAGAAUGGAGGAAUAUCGCAAAGAUUCAGUGAUUUUUGUACCUUCUUAUACAAUUCUGAAGAAGGGAAAGUUCUUGGACGUACAGGGAAAAGUUGGGCUGGAAUUGGAGUAUUCUACACGAUCUACUACAUAUGCCUUGCUGGGUUCUUCGCUGGCAUGUUGGCUGUGUUCUACACCACCCUAGACUGGAACAAGCCCAGACUCCAGGGCUCAGACUCAUUGCUCAAGCAGAACCCAGGACUUGCAUUCCGGCCAUUGCCUGAUGUGUCUACAACGCUGAUCCGCUUUAACAAGGCCCGCGCCUCCACAUAUACUCCAUAUGUCGACCACAUCGCAGCCUUCCUUCAGUACUAUGAGAACGAACUCCAGACAGCAGAAACCGGAACUAUUGUGGAUUGUGACACCUACACUAAACUCCGUGACGAAGAUCAAUGGGACAAGGCCUGCCGAUUUGAUAUCACCAACGAGCUAGGUGAUGUAUGUGUGAAACAGCAGUCUUUUGGCUAUGAAGAUGGACAGCCAUGUGUGCUUCUCAAGCUGAACAGGAUCUUUGACUGGUUGCCCGAGCCCUUUGAGUCCAACUCCUCCAUUCCAAGCGAACUGCAGGGCUCCGAUAUCUGGCAGCAGUACUCCAUUACCGUCAAGUGUGAAGGCGAGAACCCCGCAGACAAUGAUAAGCUGGGCGACAUCCUGUACUACCCACCCCAUGGAUUCCACUUCAAGUAUUUCCCAUACAGGAACCAGCAGGGAUAUAGGUCCCCCCUCGUGUUUGUCAGGUUUGACAACCCAGAACCCGCGCAGCUCUUUAUGAUUACCUGCAAGGUGUAUGCCAAGAAUAUUGAAUACGAUUUCAUGGAUAGAUCUGGCUUGGUGCAUUUUGAGCUGAUGGUGGAUUAAUAGACCAUUAAAUUAGGACAUUUUAUGAAAUAAAUACAUCGUCUUGUUAACAUUAUAUAAUAUAUUAUCUGAAAAACCACAUGACGCUGUGAAAAUUAUUUUGAGAGACUAUUGAUGGAAUUUGAAACGUGGUUUUGGUAGGUUUACUUUGAAAUACGAACAGAACUUCAGGAAGUAUUUCAUUCUGUAGGAAACAAUGUUAUGUAUUUGUUUGUAAAACGUGUGUCCUGGCAUUAGAACUGUUUGUGUGGUAGCUUACAUUUUAAAACAAAUUGAUAUGAAAUAUUAAAUGCUUCUAUUGUAUUGUUUUCAAAUCUUGCUCACUUUUUUCUUCAUCAAUAUUUAAUAUUUUAUUGUGGAGUUUUUUGUUUUUUUUGAAAAUAAUAAUUUUGUGGUCACAAAAAUAUUUAUUAUUUUGAUGUUAAAAUUUAUUUAAAUUUAUAUAUUUUUACCGACAUGUUAAAAAAUUGAAUUAUUCCAUGAUAUAAUGAGCUUGUCUGAAGUCCGUCCUUGAAAAAUAUUAUUCUGAUUGAAAUAAGACAACAAAUUUUCCUGGUAAAUAUAGCCUAUUAUUGAUAUUCCUGAUAACUUUGUCUAGAACAAGUUUCAUUGGUAGCUAAAUUCAUCAUUUUCAAAGGGCAUAUGUGGUAAACUAAUUAAUGUAGUAAAAUAUAUUUGAUUAUUUUUGAAAUGCAAACCACAGUUAUAUGCUAUUGUAGUUCUAGUGAUAGUGAUUUUCAUGGUUGUCCAUUAUUAUAACUUCUAAUGUAAUUGUUAGGCUAUGUGUUUAUAUUUGUUGUAAUUCUAUGCACGGAUAUUGUGUGACAAAAGAGUUAAAACUUGUGUAUCCAGAUCAUUAUAAACAAUUAAUAUAUUCGAGACUUUGGAGCUUUGAAAAAAUGGUUAUAAAAUGCUUCAUUCUAAAUCAGAUUGAUUCUUUCAUUUUUCUCUUACAGUCAGGGGUCUUAUUAAUUGCUAAACACUGAUAGAAUGAAAGAAUCAGGAAAAAGAAAAAAAUUAUCACACAAAAACAUGUUCUAAUAUAUUGCGGGGCUGGGUCCUAAGGCAUUUAUAAUGGCUCAGAGAUGCUUUCACAGAGUUUAACGCUUGUUCCUGACAUAACUCAGGCUUUGCAAGGUCAUACUUGCAGAGGGAACAAUGUAUUUUGCUCUUUACAAGUUGCAAGCACAAUAAAGUAGUCAGCUAGAAGUCAUGGGGGAACCUUAGUGUGUUAGCGCUUAUCAGCAGUCAGCUGGCGCUCGCGUGGUUACACAGAAUGUGAGUGAAUUAUCCUGAACUCUUAAUCAGGUAGCGGUCGCGUGAUUACACAACGUGUGAGUGCACUGUUCUGAACUCUGUUAGAUAGCUGGCAAAGAAAAACUUAGUGAGAGUGUGCGAGUGUAUUUCGUGACUCUGGUCUGGAUUGCAAUGUGAUUUCAAUGUUGAAUUGUUGAGCCUGUACAUUCCUUGUACAUACAUAUUACCAUUGUGUUUUUUAUCACCUCAUGUAAACCAAAACUUAUAGAGUAGAUAUCGUGCUUGAAAUUGUUUUCUUUUGCUUUCUCAAACUUAAGCAUUGAAUGUAAAAUUGUUUUUUUGUUUCCACACAAAUUUCUGGAUUAUUGGUGCAUGUCAACAAAUUUUAUUUUUUGAUACAAGAAAUUUGAUUUGUUUUGGAAAUCAUCGUCUGACUUCUUCAAUGCUUUUGAUAAAUAAGUAAAAAUCCAGGCUGAUUUUUUUUUUAAAAAGUGAAAGGAUGUAUGGCAAAAUUAACAUAUCAUUUGCAUAUUAUAUGUAUUAUUCAUGCUCCAUGUUUUAGUCUUUAAAGUAUGCUAAUGAUUAUAACACCAAUAUGACCAUAAUAUAAAUUUGUAUGGCAAUUGUAACUGGAAAAUAUUAUUGAGCACUGUAUUCUAUGGGAAAAUGUCAGUAGAUACAAAUUUUUAUUCGUACAAGUUUACAUGUCCAAGUUUAUUUUAUGUUAAACAAUGCAUUUUACUCUCGUUUUUCACUCUUGCGUUUGCAUGAAGUAUUGUACAUAGCAUUUGCAUCUUUUAAACAGAUAAUUAAUGUACACCACACCAUUUUGUCUAAAACUUUCACUUGUGUAAGUAGGUUUUGAUACGUUUAAAUUCCACGGCUUGUUGAAUUUGUCCUUGUUCAAAGAUGUUUGUUAGCCCCGUGCAAUGAUCACAGUUGAUGCUUUAAAUUGUAGUCUAUAUAGUAGGUCAAUAAUGAAUUGUUCACAUCUAGAACUUCUGGUAGGAUGACAUAGAAUCUCAUUACUAGAUUAGAUAAAAAACAAUCAAAAAAUCUCAAGACACAAAUGUUCCUGUUUACAUUCAUUAAUUAAGAUUUUUUUUUUAAAUAAAGGCUUAUUUGCAAAAUGUUUGAUGUUUUCAACAAAUCCAAUUGUCAAUGGCUAUAAAAAUGUUGGCCGGCGAAUCUCUAGUAAUGUUUGCUAAGAUUUUAGGCAGGCCUAUAGUGGGAUCAGUGACUGUAGAUUUGAAACGACUUUCUCUGCAUAUGAUAUGAAAAAAUAUAUUUUGAAAGGUUGUGCUCUACACUUAGCUGUCUGAUCCUCCUAGUUCAGUUCAGUAUAGAGCAAAAUCUUAUUUUGUGGUAUAAAUAACUUGGUUUGUCCUUCCGCACUACUUUUUACAUGGGAGUAAUCUCCCACGGGAGAAAUCUCCCAUCAUGUAAAAGGUAUGGACAGGCUAAGUCUUGCGUAACAUUUAUUGAGGACAUGUACAUUUUUUUCCCUACCUUGUGGCAUUCUGUAGUUGUGAUGCAUAAUCAGAAUUACAUAGAUAUGUGUAUCCUAGAGUUUUAUAGUUUUAUUUCAUUGUGUGUUUUACCUUAGUCAUAGUAGUUUCCACAGGUAUCGAUUGAAAAUAAAUAUUUUGCACAUAGACUAGACUUAGAGGCAAAUAUACUCAUGCAAUAAGUAAGUAUAGGGCUGUAUUCCUUAGUCAUUUUUAUUUCCAAGUCUACAAAACACCUUUCAAAAUAUGUAUCUCUUCAAAACCUUUCGUUUACUUUUUGUAUAUCAUUGUUAACACACAUAUCAGUAUAUGUAAUUUGUCGGCAGUUUUAUUCCCCCCCGAAUUAUUCAAAGUUGAGAAAAACGAAAAUUAAGAGUUAAAUUUUAUGGUCAAAGUUCACAUCCAUCUGCCAAAUAGCCAUGUCAUGUUUUAUGAUAACCCCAAACAUCACAGAAUAAUGUUUGAUGAUUCUAUGUGGUUGCAAAUUUUUUUUAAAUGUUCAAAUGUUACGAAUUGAUGAGCUUUCUACAAUAACCUGUAGGUGAUAGUUAUGGACAUAUGGACUCGCAGAAAUAAACAUAAGUCACUUUACUGCUCGUUAUAGCAAGCUUUUCAUCAUGUAACUAGCAAUUGUGGGAACCUGCGCUACAUACAUAAUGUUACGUUUUAACAACGUCUGUACUGUAGGUUUCCACAUUGGUAAUAAGAAAGAUCAGUCAUGUUAGUAAAGGCCAUGGUUACUUUUAAAAUUCUGAUUAUUGAUAACAGAUAAAUUCAUUUAAGGCAGAGUCUGGGUUUAAAAUUUGCUAAUUUUUCAUUCAUUGAAAUGUCUUUUUUCUUGAACAAAUGUAAUAUUUUUUGUGUGGAACUAUAUAUGUUUUACCUCAGAUGGAUUUGUUUUAGCCCUUUAACGGUCACCAACGAUUUUAUGCAAUAAAGUAGUUUUUAUCAUUUAAUCACACGUUUAUUCAUAGAAUUUUAGCAGGAGUGAUUUUCUCUUUGUUGUGGUGUCGGGUCUUACUUAGUGUUGUAUUUCUUUUAUUCCAUGUAUCAAUUUCAAUUUUUAGCCAUUGAGGGGAGUGUUGUUUUGAUUUUUAACCUUUUAUACAGCCACAUGAUCAAGACUUUCAACUGCUACUGUCAGCAGUUACAAAAGUAGGGGAAAUGUACAUGUCCUUGUUUUUUUCGCACACACAAGCCACCGAGAUUGUUGUUUGAGUUUUUUACAGUUACUGAUCCCUAGGUUUUGACUCAUAUCAGUAAAGAUCUGUUGUGAUUCAGAACUUUUUGUUGAUAUGUUUCAUUGUGGAUAUAUAUAGCACUGUGCUUAGGAUUUGUACUGGGGAGGAUUGCAUUUGAUGCAUGACUUAGGAGCGACAUAUAUAGCAUCGAUUGUAACAUCAUAUCGAGCAGACAACCCCAUAUAACAUCUGUGCCUAUCCUUAGAAUAUACGCAUAUUUAUCAACAAAUUGAAACAUCUUUACAUUGAGUUCUGAAAUAUGCAUAUCUGUAUUGAUAUAAUUCGUGCUUUCAAUCUAUUGUAAACACUACUUGAUUACAAGGUCUGUGCAUUAUUUAUAAACAUUAAUCAGCUGUUAGUCAUCAGUUUACUGUAAAUGGUGGAAUGUCGUUUGUCAAUUCUGUGCAUCUUCAUCGUACUAAUGCAAUAUAUCAGAUGCUUUGUGUAAGAAUUGUAUAUCAUUAAAUUCAUGGGUAAAUGUUUAAUUGAUGUACAAAUAAUGCGCAAAACAUUUUGAAUUGUAUAUUAAUUAUUAUUAAUUAAAUGGUGUGGGUAGGUUAUGUCACAUUUUUGUAAAUUCAUCUUAGUUGUGAACCUAAUUGUAACGUUUUUACCUUAAAUUGAUAGUGAUACUUUUCUUAACAUAAUGUGAAAUAUGAAUCUCAGCGUAUAAUAAACAUAAUGUCCCUGGAUAAUUAUCGAGUAGUAAGAAAGGUUUAAUACAAAGUUAGAGCUACGGUAAUCAGAUAAGAGUGGUGCCGGGUUAUACAUGGUUAUGCAUAGCCUGGUGUGUUCAAAGAAAAGUAGUAAAAAUUUUCAUUGCCAGCUAAAUAAGUUGGUUGUAUUGUCGGAAAACACCUGAGUGAAUGUAAACAUGUAUAUUUACAGUUUUAUCUACAAUAAAGAAUGAUUAGUAAAAAAUG